GAGAUGCCGGGAGGCUGGAACGGAUCCUCUGACAGCCCAGAGCUGCGAGCUGCAGGGAUUAUCGUGCCCGUCAUCUUCUCCCUCAUCUUCCUCCUGGGCACUGUGGGGAACGGGCUGGUGCUGGCCGUGCUGCUGCGGAAUGGCCAAGUCAAGUACAAUACCACCAACCUCUUCAUCCUUAACCUGGCCAUGGCCGACCUGUGUUUCAUCAUCUGCUGUGUCCCCUUCCAGGCCACCAUUUACACCCUAGAUGGGUGGCUUUUUGGGGCCUUUGCCUGCAAGGCUGUGCAUUUCCUGAUCUACCUCACCAUGUAUGCCAGCAGCUUCACCCUGGCCGCUGUCUCCGUUGACAGGUACCUGGCCAUUCGCUAUCCGCUGAAGUCCCGGGAUCUCCGUACCUCCCGAAAUGCAGGAGUGGCCAUUGUAGUGAUCUGGUCACUGUCGCUGGUCUUUGCAGGGCCUUACCUCAGUUACUAUCAGAUUGUCCAUUACCACAGGGUGCCCAUCUGCAUCCCCAUCUGGGAGGACCAGCGCCGAAAGAUUCUGGACAUCCUCACAUUUGUCUUUGGAUACCUCCUGCCCGUGACCGUGGUCAGCCUGGCAUAUGCCAGGACCAUCAAGUUCCUGUGGACCUCUGUAGACCCCAUAGAAAGGAUCUCAGAGUCCCGGAAGGCCAAGCGUAAGGUCACCAAGAUGAUUGUGGCUGUGGCCAUCCUGUUCUGCCUGUGCUGGCUGCCCCACCACCUGGUCAUCCUGUGCUUCUGGUUCGGCCACUUCCCCUUCAACCAAGCCACUUACGCUUGCCGCCUGGCUUCCCACUGCCUUUCAUAUGCCAACUCCUGCCUCAAUCCCAUCGUCUAUGCCCUCAUCUCCAAGCAUUUCCGCAAGCGUUUCAAGCAGGUCUUCACUUGCCUCUUCUUCCAGAACAAGACCAGGAAGAAGAAGAAGAGAGUUGGAAAGAAAGUCCACGUGGUCAAUGUGGGCAAAGGUUUCACUAACAGCACCAGAGGUUUCUAUGGAGGCAACACUGAGGUGACCCAGGUCCCAGAGGAAAACACCAGGAAGAGGGACCCUGAAGGCACAAGUCAUGAUGCCAGACCAUGGACUCACCAGCUACAAGAUGCCAUGGUCUCUGUGCAGAAAGAGCAUCUGGAGGAGCAAAGUUUGGCAACAGCUGGCCAUCCCCUAGCCGUGACCCUUCCAAGAGGAACUGAGGAGUUUCUAACUGUUCAUUACAGGUGA